GUUACCGCUGACGUCUCCUCCUCUCCCCCUCCUCCUCGUCGUGCUUUUAAUUGAACCCAAGCAUCGCCGCCUGACAGCCGGGAGAGGGGGGAACGACGACAGAUUAGCAACUGGCACUCGCUGUCGCAGUCUGCUCAACUCCGGGAGAAAGGACUAGAACAUCCGACAUUCCCUCCUCAAACCCUGUUUCAACAUACAGAAAAUGGACGAAAAGGCGUUUACAAAGGAGCUGGAUCAGUGGAUCGAGCAGCUCAACGAGUGCAAACAGCUCACGGAGGGACAAGUGAAGAAUUUGUGCGAAAAGGCCAAGGAGAUCCUGACCAAGGAGUCCAAUGUGCAGGAGGUGCGAUGCCCCGUGACGGUGUGCGGCGACGUGCACGGCCAGUUCCACGAUCUCAUGGAGCUGUUCAAGAUCGGCGGCAAAUCUCCCGACACAAACUACCUGUUUAUGGGCGACUACGUGGACCGGGGCUACUACUCAGUGGAGACGGUCACUUUACUUGUAGGACUUAAGGUUCGUUUCCAGGAGCGCAUCACCAUCCUGCGCGGCAACCAUGAGAGCAGACAGAUCACGCAAGUGUAUGGCUUCUAUGACGAGUGCCUGCGCAAGUACGGCAACGCCAACGUGUGGAAGUACUUCACCGACCUGUUUGAUUACCUCCCGCUCACCGCCUUGGUGGACUCUCAGAUUUUCUGUCUUCACGGCGGCCUCUCACCAUCCAUUGACACACUGGACCAUAUCAGGGCGCUGGAUCGGUUACAGGAAGUUCCUCAUGAGGGUCCUAUGUGCGACCUGCUGUGGUCAGACCCUGACGACCGCGGCGGCUGGGGCAUCUCACCACGGGGGGCCGGCUACACCUUCGGCCAAGACAUCUCGGAGACGUUCAACCACGCCAACCGCCUCACGUUGGUGUCCCGCGCCCACCAGCUGGUCAUGGAGGGCUACAACUGGUGCCACGAGAGGAACGUGGUGACGAUAUUUAGCGCACCAAACUACUGCUAUCGCUGCGGCAACCAGGCGGCCAUCAUGGAGCUGGACGACACCCUCAAAUACUCCUUCUUGCAGUUUGACCCGGCGCCUCGCAGAGGGGAGCCCCACGUGACCCGCCGCACCCCAGACUACUUCCUGUAACCUGCUUUGAACCCCCACCCCUCUUGUACAGUCAAGUCCAGUGUUGCCAUGUAAUGCUGUGUCCUCCAGCAGCAGCACCAGCACACAUUGUACAUUCACACAAAGACCUAUUGAAGCAUUUAGCAAGAAAUAAUUAUGUGUGGGUGUGUGUGCGCGUGGCUGUGGACGGACCAAACGGUGUGUGCCAUAAAUCAUGACAUUAUGAAUUGCUGAGGACUUGUAUUAUGAAAUAUUGCACCCAGAAGAUCAAUCAGUCAAGUUCACUUGAUGGUUUGGAGUGACAAUUAGUAAAAAAAAAAAAAAAUAAAAAAAAAAUAUAUAUAUAUAUAUAUAUAAGAUGGGAGGAUGAUCUGUUUGCACUUUUGUAAAUCUUAACUGUAACAUAAAAUAAGGCUGAAGAGAAUAUUUACAUUUUUUUUAUGACACAAAAAACAAUAAAGCCCCAAGAAUAAGGUUUUGUCUUGUCGUGUGUGUGCGUGUGUGUGAGAAGAUAAUCAACGCACUGAACCACAAGCUUGUAUUAACUGAAACGUGAAUAAUAAUAAACAAAGGUGGCUCCUUCAUGACAUGACUGUUUUACUGUCAU